UUUUAGCGGAGUGUAAUUAUCUCGCGCCAGUUUUCGGCUUGAAAACCUUCGUAAUUUCAUAUGCUGUGAUCUGUAUUUAAAUCUAUAGGUAGAAAUAGUGCAACAGUACCGUGGAAGUGACGUCUGACAUGCGUUUGUCCAUUAUUUCGUGUAUUAAUGUAUACUCUAUGUUGAUUAAAAAUCUGCGUUCACAGUGGUCAGUUUAUACGUAAAUACGCACAAGAUUGUGAAUAAGGACUGAAAUAAAAUGCUUAAAUAUAUUACAGUUAUUUCGAAGUAUACGUAUGUGAAUAAAUAAGUGAUAUUUUCUACGAGUGGCAUAAGAAGAUAAACAUAAGCUUGACCUUGAUGGUGUUUACUUGCUGCGUUUCUUGAGAAGUUAUUAGAAAAGACGAAAAUCUGACAGACAGAACUGAUGUUUGGCAAAAUGAAGGAGAAAUUUAGACUAAACAUGGAAAUGCUCCCGUGCGUCGAGUUUGGUCGAUUCGUGAUAUGUAGUACACGAUAUUUUCUGACGGUGUGCGUUCUCAGAAGUAUGAACUUCGAGUGGUCUUGGUGCUAUGCGUCUACUAAGGCAGAGCAUAAAAACAUACAAAGUUUGUUAAUUUCGACACCGACAGAAUGAGACAAGGGCGCGGAGGACAGCGGAACAAGAAAUGCUGUAGAGGUCGUGGUGCACCACCAAUCACGCUGCCAGCAACACUGGAGGACCCUGCUGCCACCUGGAAGGGACCGCCACCCGGUUCGGAGCCCCAGAACUUUUCACAGAACUCUAAUCAGAACUUCUCCGGACCGCCGGCGGGCUUCCAGGGGCCAUCGCCCUUCCAGGGCCCGCCGGCCGGUGCCGGCUCACCUGCGGGUGCUCCCCCUUACUCAGGAGGACCACCACCUGGUUCAGGAACACCUCAGUACACUGCUUCACCUGCUCCAUCUGGUUCAUCUACGCCAGGACCGGGACCACCUCAGUCGGCCGGAUUCCCUCCACCUCCGAACAAUGGUCCACCGUACAACGGACCUGGUCCCGGCCCCGGGCCAUUCGGAUCGCCGUCUGCCGGUGCUCCUGGUCCCGGACCUGGACCUCAGUUUGUUGGGCGGCCUGGAUCCUCAGGACCACCGUUUGUGGGCGGACCUCCGGGUGCAGGGAAUCCUCACUUUGCCUCACCGGGACAGCCAUUUGGAGGCCCUCAGUUUGGUAUUCCUCCUGGUUCACCAUUUGGACACGGCCCCGGACACCCAAUUCCAGGACCUAUUCCAGCACACGGCAUGAUGCCGGGGCAGAUACCAGGACCCAAUCCCGUCGACAGGAUAGACCAGGGCCUGGCGUCUCGUGUAAAUGUGGGCGAGGUUUCUGCGGCUGUGCCCGGAGCUAUCGCCCAGGCCGGGGUUUCGCCUUGUCUGCACUGCGACUCGCUGACGCAAACAUACUGGUAUCGCAGCAAAUCUCUUCCUGUUCCCAGGCGUCAUACGCCGUACUUCGGCCAGCCUGACUAUCGUAUUUACGAGCUUAACAAGAGGCUUCAGCAGAGGACAGAGGAGAGUGAUAAUCUCUGGUGGGAUGCCUUUGCCACUGAGUUUUUUGAAGACGAUGCCACGCUCACGCUAACAUUUUGUUUAGAGGAUGGGCCCAAGAGAUACACCAUAGGUAGGACACUUAUACCAAGAUACUUUCGGAGUAUCUUUGAAGGUGGUGUGACAGAGCUGUAUUAUAAUUUGAAACAUCCUAAGGAGUCCUUCCACAACACAAGUAUUACUCUGGACUGCGAUCAGUGCACAAUGGUGACGCACCAUGGGAAACCAAUGUUCACAAAGGCACCGGUUGCUGUACAGGUGUGCACGGAAGGCAGACUCAUCCUGGAGUUCACGUUUGACGACUUGAUGCGCAUCAAGUCAUGGCAUUUCGCUGUGCGGACACAUCGUGAACUGGUGCCUCGAACUGUAGUUGGAAUGCACUCCCAGCAGGACCCGGGAAUGCUGGACCAGCUAUCGAAGAACAUCACACGGCAGGGCAUCACAAAUUCAACGCUCAACUACCUCAGGCUAUGUGUGAUCUUGGAGCCCAUGCAGGAGCUGAUGUCGCGGCACAAAGCUUAUGCGCUCAGUCCGCGAGACUGUCUCAAGACCACACUCUUCCAGAAGUGGCAGAGGAUGGUUGCCCCGCCGGGUAAGAGAGAGUCACAACGACCAGCAAACAAGAGGCGGAAACGGAAAGGUUCCCAAUCUGGAGGUGCUGCCAACAAUGCUCCUCCUGCGCCCAACAAGAAACGCUCGCCUGGACCAAAUUUCUCUUUAGCAUCACAGGACGUAAUGGUUGUUGGCGAACCAUCACUGAUGGGUGGCGAGUUCGGGGAUGAGGACGAGAGGCUCAUAACGCGGUUGGAGAACACACAGUACGAUGCGGCCAACUCCCUGGACCACGACAACCACGGCUUCUCGGACUCGCCUAUGACGGGGGGCCCUAAUUCGUGGGGGGGAGGAGGCCCAGUAGGUGGGCCUGGAGUGGGCGGACCUGUGGCCGACAGGGGACCCGGUGUCCCACCUCAGGGCAACACGCCGUCCAGCCAGGACUCGGACAAGAAGUCUCCAGCUGUGAGUCAGUGAUAGUGCGCACUGUGAGGCGAGGUGAGGCGCGGCGAGGCGAGGCGAGCCGAGGCCGAAGUAAGAGUGCUCGUGUGACACUGAGGCACUCCUGAAGCUGUGUGUGCCAUUCUUGUUGAAGUGUCGUUUCUUUCUGACAGGUGGCCAACACAUUAUUUAAAAUAAAUUUUAAUGUGGACAUAAAGUAUUCAGAUAAAUUUCUAUUUCAAGGUGUUCAUAGUCUGUGCAUGACUAUGUAGAAAUUGUAAUAUUGACACUACUUUAUUAUAGAUUAGUUUGGAGAAAUUGUGCAAUGCAAAUAGACUCCUCCAAGGAAAGAGGUAUGUUGGUGUUCAGUUCUGGUAGUGUUCAUUAUUGGAUAAGGGUUUUCUGAACACGAUCUCCAACACCAUUGGAAUAAUCUGAAGAUCAUUGAUUUUAGAUAUUCAGAUUUUCAUAUGUAAUAAAUAACAUAGUUGUAGUUGUCUUAUUCAGUAAAAAAAAAGCUCUUCAUGCUAUUCAUUUAUAAAUGAAUUGUGUUUUAAUUACACAGGACGAAUACUCAACAGAGUAGGCUUUCUCAUACCUGUUACAUAAAAUUGUAAUUUAUUUUAAAUUAUUGUACAUUAUUUAUGUAGUUUAAAUUAGUGCUUGCUCAAUAUUUUAUGAAAUGAAAUGUAAAGAUAGUUACAAAUAUUUCAGUUUUGUGCUAAAAGCCAAGGUGUGUGAAUAAAGUAAGAUGAAACUCUUUUUGAAAUCCAUAAAUUUAGUUUCGUUGCAGUCACAUCUUGCAUUGCUUUCACAGUCAGCACUAGUUUAAAUUACUGCUUUUUUUUCUCUCCAUUAUAAUCUGCAAGAUGCAUAAAGAAUUUGUGAUAUCUCUUCCUGAAACUAUUUUUUUUUAUCUUUUUGAUUAUCUAUUCAUUAUUUGACCAGCAUAUUUGUGAAGAAGUAAAGUUUUGCACCUCUACAGUGAAUGGAUUUUAUCAUCUGUUAGUGCACCUCACUUUUACAAAAUCAUUAUAUCGUUUUGAAGUUGGUUCAUUGUACUGGUAAGAAAGAAUUGUUUCCAAGCUUCAAAUUGUAUAUUUAAUUUUGAGCUGUUUGUUCUAACAAUUUUUUGUUUCUGAGGAGCUGCAGUUAGUGGAAUGCCAUGCUGCAUAUUAAAAAUACUUUUAACAACAGUUUCAGUAUUAUGCAGUCUGUUGGAAACAUAAUUUAAAAGCAUUUAGGAAACUUAUUUGUUGGAUAUAUUUCAGUAGCAUCUCAUUUCUAUGUAACGUGAGUUUUACUUCCCACAUGUUGUCAGUGCAUGGUACAGCACAUUACUGUAUACACAUUCAGUGAUACAGAAAAGUGUUCCCAAGCAUUGGUUUGAUGAUGGUAGUAGUAGCAGCCUUAACUGUUUGUAAAUGGGAAGUCAAAACUACAUUAGUGUGUCUGAUCUUAUCACAAUUAUUUUGUGUAACAAAUAAGAGAGUGGCAAUGUUGUUAUAGUGUGACUGCUGAGCUGCUUGUAAUCACUGAUUUUUUUUAAAAAAUAUUUGUUUUACCCUGUCUUGGAUGAUUCAGACAGUUCAUACAUUUCCAUUUCCCAAAAUAAAAUUAUUGAUGAUGAGGCAUCAGCUGCUGUGAUAUUGUUGUUUCAGCAGUAACCAAUUUUAAUUUUUUCUUUUUGUUCAUUGUUGGUUGUUGUUUGCUUCCUGGUGCUCUAAAGUGAAAAAGUGAAAGAGAAAUACUUGAUGUCUUUUUGAUGUAUGCUGUGCAUUCAAUGGAAACAAUAGUCUUAUCUAAUUUCUAUGUUUUUUGAUGUAUUUUAAAUUACAAACGUAAGGCAUUAGAUAUUACCUUCACUGAAUAUUUUGGAGGCAAGUACUUCUACAUUGGUUUCUUCCAGAAGAAUGCUUACAAAGCUGUCUUUCUUAUUGUAUUGUACACAUGAAGUAUGAAACUUUCUUUUGUCUGGAAUAAUACAUAUUGUUUACCUAUGUAUUGGACACUUCAGGAAUAAUUGCAGUUCCUAAUUUAAUAUUUUUGUGUGUUGUACAAAAAUGUAUUCAUGGAAUGAAACUUGACUGUUUUGUGAAGUGCUAUAAAUGUGUAUUUAUAAAAUCUUCAACCACUUGCAGAUAACUCUGCAACAUUACAAGAAGAACAGCCUUUGAAGUACAAUUUUUGAUAGCAAAAAAAAAUAUAAAGACAGCAACUUAAUGAUACAAGUAGCACAGUGUUAUUUCUUAUUUUAUACACAUAGUUUUUUAUACAACUUGAUUUUGAUGUCUCAUUUAUGCAGGUAAAAAUGGGGUGUUGCUUGCGAAGUACAUAACCAGUAAUGCAGUUGAUCUCAAUAUCUUUUUGUUUAAUUUUGAGAAGCAGCCUACAAUUUUUAAAUACUAUUUUAUGAAGUACUGCACUGUAACAAGAAUCUUAAUUUGAAAAAACAAAACAAAAAAGCAAAAACAAAACACAUUUAAGAAACAAUUAGAAGUAAUUUGACUUUCAAGUCCGUGACUCUACACAGUCUUCCAAGUAGUUCAUUCUUUCUUUCUUAAUGACAUAUACAUGUCACUCAACAAAUAAUCCCCCUGAAUCUGAUGAAAUUUCUGUGUCAACUGAUCUUAUUACAUUGGCAUAGUCUUCCUUUACUUCAACAUGUUUCUUGAAUUUCAUUAACGUUGGUAUAGUUUCACUGGGACACGUAUAAAUGCCUUAUUCUAUUACUGGUUCAUUAUGAUAACCUUUGGAUUAAAUGUAAAUGUAUAUGAUGAACAUUUGUCAUACUUCAGAAUGUACUGUAGUCCAGAUUUGGAUUCAAAAGUAUGUGUUACGUUUUACAAACAUUUGUCCCUGAUUAACCUUCAGCUGUUAAGUGAGCUGGAGAUGCAGAAAGUCUGUCAGGCAUUUCUUGUAUUCACAACUAAUUUACUUUGAUCUUUUAUAAUUAGCCACUUGCACUAGGCUUCUAAUUUCUGAUCAUCAGGUGAGUAGUCCUAAAAUAGAUAUUCAUGGAAAUUUGAAUUAGCUACUUGUUUCAGACCAAUACUCUAAUAGAAGCUCAUAUCUUAUAAAUAUUAACAAUUUCUGAAAAUAAAUUUAACUUUGGUUCAAGAACUACUCACUUUUCCACUUUCCAGUAUUUGUCAGCGCACUCUGUAUUCAAGUAUUAACAGUUUUUGAAUCUUGGGGAAACUGAAAUAGGAAGGUGGCAUAAAUAGUGCUGAAGUAAACAGUGCAUCACUAUUACUACUGGUCUAACACUAAAGCCCACUAUGAGGAAAACUGAAUGUCUUGACGUGCUUCCCACAUCUAACUUAUGAAAGCCUUCUCUCUCUUUUAAUUGAUAUCCAUGAAACAGUAUAAAUACAUUAAACUGUGUGACUCUUUGAGUGACCUUUUCAAGUACACCAUUAUAUGAAACAAGGUAGGUAUGGAGGAACCAUUUUAUUGAUGCAGUUAUUCUCUAAAUAUUGUGUUUUGGUGUCUUCUGAAUAGUAUUUCUCCUUAUAUUAGUACUUCGAUUGCUACAUUGUUUUGCUAAAUAUUGGAUUGUGCGAUCAGUGCCAGUCUUAAAAAAUACCUGAUGAACCCAGUUACUCCUUUCUUUUCAUUUCAUCUUUGAGAUUGAUUGAAGAUGUAUACCUAUAGUCUACAGUCCUGAUAAGUAUGGCAUUACUAAUCCUGUUUUUUGUUUAGGUGCAGGUUAAAUGACAACAUGUAAAACAGUUUCAUUUCCUGCUUAAUUGUUGGCUUUUCAAGGCUCUGGCAGUUUUGAAUUGUCACUUCAAGAGGAGUUGUGAAAUAUUAUGGUGGAAUUUUUUUUCGGAAGUCCUACAAAAGAAAUUUAGGAGCAGAAUUAAUUAUGUAUCAAUGCUCUUGAUACAAAACCCAGUUUGCACAAAUGCUGGGAGUGUUUCUAAGGAGAAUACCAGUUACCAUCUCAUUCCCUUCUUUGCAUUAAAAUAGCUAGUGGCCAAGUUUAAGAACAAGAAUUAAGAGCACUUCUGUACCACUGCUAAACGUAUCACUUGAAGUGAAUAGGUCACUUGCUGUUCAGAAAACUAUAGUGACACGUUUUGGGUACAGCACAUUUUGAGAAUGUCUGCCAAAUAAAAUAUAAAGUCAUAAGCACAAGCAUAAUGUAAAAAAGUCAUUAACAGUAAUGAUAGCUAAGGUUUUAAAAAAAAAAUCAAAAUAAAGUAAUCAUACCAAACAAGUUGCCUUCAUACGAAAUUUGGAAUCGCAGGCAUACAUCCUCACCAUCAGUAAUGAUGGAGUGUUGCUAUUACAAAACAUGCCAUCAGGUAUUGUGGGUGUAUGGGUUCAGUGAUGUUACUUGCAUCCACAGAGAUAAACAAACAAUUUGAUAACAAAAUAAUAUAUGAAAAUUUUAGAGAAAUAAGAGUGAAACUAUCAGUUUACAACACAAAAUAAAAUAGAUAUAAAAUAAAAAUAAAGCACACAAUUAUUAACCACUGUUAAAUACUUGAUAGAAACUGAACUAUGGGAUGAUUAUGAGAAUCAUUAAGCAUGAUUCAGACAGGUAUACACAGGAAGCCAGUUAUAAAUAUGGUGACACAAGUCAGAAAUUAUGAUUUCUAUUAGUAUAUCUGAUGCCCCAGCUGAAGAAUUGUCAGUGAAGCCUGAAACUUUGUCUGAUGUGAUUGCCCUUUGCUUCCAUAUGUCUUCCACUUUUAUCUUAAUUUUUGUGACUGUUUCUUCCUUCUGUCUUAGAGUCUCUAGUUCAUGUUUCAGCUGAUUGUAUCUAACAGUCAUCAUAAGUUAUGUCACUAAAGCAAUUACUGCAUGGCUGCCAUUGAACUUUUCCUUUAUGCAGAGACUCCUUCCUCCAGCAUCCAAAGUUGUAGAAAUGUUUUAUUUUUAGUUUCUUCAAUUAUAAGCUCAUCAAUUUUUUGUUUAAAAUCUGUUUUCACUUAGUUUAUAAAACAGCUAUGUAGUUUGUAGGUGACAGCUGGAUUUCUUCCCAGAAGUUUUCCCUAGCAGUAUUGCAUCACUCCUUCAUCAAUAUUCCUGCAGAUUGCUUUAACACGUUGACUGUCAUGUGGCCACUGGUGGGCACUACAGGCAAGUCUGCUGCAACACCGAUGGGGCUUGUGCCAGUUAAUGUGCUAAAGAUGCUUUCCAUGGUUAAAAAUAAAUAAAUAAAUAAAUAAAUAAAUAAAUAAAUAAUAAUCAUACUCUUCUGUCCCGUAUCACCUCCCUUUAUCCCACUACUUGCUUGGGAUGGGUAUAUAACUGAUCGAGUAGUUAAGAUGAUUUUGUGGUUUAUGAAUUUUGGUUCUUUCAAUGCUUGUUAAAGUUUCCAAUAUUUUGUUAUCAUGUUGCUCAUUUAUGUCUGUGUAUGCUAGUAAUGCCAUUGUAGCCUUAAAACCAUGCCAUCUGGUGGCAUAUUUUGUAACAGUGAUCCUCAUCAGUUAAGCACUGAUGGUGAGGACAUAUGCGUGUGAGACUGUACUUUGUGUGGAGGCAGUUUGUUUGGAAUGAUUACUUUAGUUUUGUGAAACCUUCAGUAUUGUUAUUCUUAACGACUUUUGUACGGUAUGCUUGUGCUGAUUAUUUUGUAUUUUGUUUAGCAGACAUUCUGAAGAUGGACUGCGCUCAAAAUGAAUCAGUAUGUCUUUUUGGACAGCAAGUGCCCUUUUUAUUUCUAGUGACCUAUUUAGAAGUAGUAUACAAGUGCACUCAAUUAACAUCAUGGUUUCAGGCCUCCUGCACUACUGUAUGUCACAAAUUAAGAAAAAGAAAUGUUGAUACCUUUUUAUUGUGGCUACUGUCUCCCAUGUACUGUUUCUGUAAUCAUGAUAAUGAUUAUUUCCUUUAAAUUUGGGUUAGUGUUUCAGUUGCAGUGGCAUAAAAAAGAUCUUGUGUCAAUUGUUGUUGAUGAAUGGAUGCACAAUCACACAGAAGUAGAUAUUAUUAUUAUUUACUUUUGUGUCUGUCAACUUCAUAAAGUAUUGGGUGAUGGUGUUAUGGUUGCAUCUUCUGAUUUUAUGCAGUGUUGCAAAUGGUGAGCACUAUAUUUCUUGUAAAUUAAGGCAAAAUAAGGGAGUUGGGGUGAUGAGAUGUGAUAGAUUUUUGACAUCUUCUGUCGGUAUAAAGCAUGUAACAACUAAAUUAUAAAGUAUUAUCAUUACUCUUUCCAUUCUACUUCCAUCUUUUGGAAAGGCACGGUGGCUUUGGUAAAUAUGAAACUGUUACCAUUGUAUGUAAUCCUAUAUAUUCAGAAUUUAGCAGGUGCUGAUUAUGUAACAUUUUAUCACACAUUGUUCUGCAUGAAAACCAAUCCGUUACAUCCACUGGUGGACAUAUGCUAUGAUCCCUUUUAAAUAUUUAAUAAUAAUAAUAAUAAUAAUAAUAAUUUAUAAAAAGUUCUAAGUAAUAUCUCUUAAUAUCUUUCUUGGUAACUUACACUGAGUUCUGAAAGUCCUUAUAAAUUACAUGGAUGAGAUGAGAAGGUUUAGUCAGUAUUUUGACAUUUUAUCCAGUUACUGACAUUUUCCUUUUUCUUUUCCUUUUCACCUACAGCACUCAAAGAAUCUUUAAGUGGAAUGUGGGAGUGUGUUCCUUGAGGAGUCAUGAAACCCCAUAUUCCUGUCUCUGUUAUUUCCUGUGUAUGUGCUUUGGCUUUAAGUAAUUGGUUUUCAGUGUUUGCACAUUUUCUUUGCUGACUAAAAUUAGUAUUUAUGUAUUGUCACCUACACAUAUUGUGACAUUACCUCUAUUUAUUGCAUAUUACUUUGUAUUAGAAUCAGCUCACCAGGUGAGUAAGUGUGCUCAUGGGAGUAGGAAAUGAACUUUUUUGCUUGAGUAAUUUGGCAUUUUUUGUUCAUAGCAACAGUCUCGUUGCGUAACAGUUUGCAGUUUAAAAGUAAGUCACUCUUUGUGUUGCCACUGGCUACAUACAUUUUGCUUGAUAAACGUCAUGCCGGAAACAGUUGUGCUUGGUAUUUUGCACUGAAAUGUAAUGCAUGGCAUCCAGAAAUAAACAUGUGAAUUUAUAUACCUUGUCUAAGAAGUGUCACGGAGAGCAGCAUUAAAUUGAAAUUAUUUAAAACAAUAUAUUCCAUAAAACAAUGCUGAGAAAGGGGAGGGGGGAGGAGUUAAUACAAUUUAUUUAAAAAAAAAUACAUUACAAGUCUAGACAGUUUAUCACUUUGUUCUGAUACAGAGUAUUUUGGAGUAUAAGUAAUGAAAUGAUUCAUUGUCUGACAAAGUUUUCCUUACUUUCUGUUUUACUCAUAAAUGUGACCUCUCCCCAACUGACUUAAGGAAUAUUUAAUUCUUGAUGGUCCUUAUGUUAAUCUACCAGUACUAUAACAAAUUAUUCCUUUUCUUUGUAGAUACAUGACAUUUCCAUGACAGGUUGAGCAGUCAGUGGACAUGGAGAAAAAUCUGUAAUUUCAAUAUUUAUGUUUGUCUUUAACUUUGAAUGCUGGAGACUGUGUAUGAGAUGGUGAACUACACCAAUAUACUCUGUUCCGUAUACUCAGUCAAUCAUCCUUCUAAUUUUUUAUUUUGCUGCUGAUGAUCAGGCAUUUAUGUCCUUUAAAACUGCAGGAAGUUUAUGUGAACGAUGCAUAUAUCUGUAAUUUACAGCUGUGUGGCAAGUAGGAAAUGUUUUACAUAGUUUUCUGGUGAUUAUGGUAUAUUCAACAAAUAUUUCCAUUUCUGAAGUCCUGUUGUAAUGAGAAUAGUGGCUGCACUUUCAGCUGUCAAAACAGUGUAUCAUUUUUGUUUCUGCCCUAUUGUGGUAGUGAAUUUGAUCCCCUUAUUUAAUUUAUCUCAAAAGAAGCUCCAUUGUAAAGGAAUCUUCUUCCAACUAUUAAAGUUGUCAUGUCGAUGUCUUUCUUUCCUUCAUUUUGAUCUUAGCCUAUCUGUUAUUUUUGAAGUUUCUAUACAUGUUUUCUUCCUCUUCUGCCUCUAUACAUGUUUUAUACCUCUUGCACUCCUUAUUAUUCAUUUUAUGACAAACAUAGUUUUUGUAAUUUUUAUUUAGUUAUUUUCUGUCAAUGAAGUUUGGUCAUACUGUUUAAAUCUGGGUGCAUUUUGACAUAUGUUUAUUUUCCAGUGACACUAUUUACUGAAGUGAAUAAUUUUGUUUUGUGUUUGCUGUUCAUGUUGUGACCUCCUUUUCCCCUCUCACUUCUAGAAAUGGCAGUACCAUCAUGUUUGAAUUUCGUAUAUGCAGCUAACUGCAGUUACAUAUGAGUAUGAAGGACUCUUCUGUCACUGAUGUUAGUGCUUGGGUUUUUUCCGUAAUGUGGUGAUAUAAUACAACUUCAGGGGCCAAGUAGUAUAUCGGUAGGAGGGCAGUAAAACGUGUUACAAAUUUUUAUUGUUACUUGUGGUAAUUAUUCUUCAAAAAACUUUUGUAAUUGGUUUGUGUUGAGUAUAUAUUUUUAAAAAUGGAUUUUACUGUUGUCAUGGUGUUUGCCACAUAAAUUCUUCCCAAAACAAAGUAGUAAACUAGCAUUUGAUUUACUGUGACAAAGAAUUUUUAAUGUCUUCAAAUCAAAUGGACAGUCCAUCAGUUUCAUAUUGUAAACUGCAGUUUCCCUUGAUAUUAUUUUAGAAUGAAUAUUAGAAUUUGCUCUGGAUUUCUGGCAUGUUUGCAUAUUUCACAUGCAUUUGCUGGAUUGGAGUAUUAAAUAGCAAUGUUAAACAAGAUUUAUGUGAGCUUUUUGUGAAUUUUGUUAUUUUUGUUAUUUAUUCUGUGCACAAAAUUAUAUAGUGUGCAACAUCUUUCAGUACAAUGCACCAGAAAGAUUCAAUAAUAGUUGUGAGAUGUCCCAAAAAUUAUUUCAUCACUGCAACUUCAUAAAUACUACUUAAAUACUGACAGGCAGCUUAAUUUUGCAAAUAAUAAGUUCUACCAGAACAUUUUCUUCCUUGGAAGCAUACAAAAAAUGUAUUUAUUGUUAAAUAUAACAAAAGAUGUGAUAGGAAGAGAUGAGGGCGACACAUACAUUUUGAGUCACAUGAAUUUGAUAGGAUAGUGGUAGUAGUCAAGUACAAUAUUAUUGUCAUAGAUAAUUUUGUAAGAGCAAACAUGGCUGUGAAAAGUUUCUAAAGCCAACUAAGCAUUUUAAAAAUUUUAGCUCAAGAGCUGUUGUCUCUCUCUCUCUCUCUCUCUCUCUCUCUCUCUCUCUCUCUCUCUCUCUCUCUCUCUUUGUGUAAAAGUGUAAAAAGUUAAUUUCUUUGAUUGCAACAGUAAAUUCUUGAAUUUGAAGUAUAUUGCUGUCUUGAGUAUUUGCAUGACCGUUAUAUGCCUGCUGUAAUUUAACAUUGUGAUGUUCCACAAAAUGCUGUUGGCAUUGUUUUCAUAUUCCUACUCUUUUUUAAAUUGCACUUAUUGUUUGGCUGCUUUUGUGAACAUCUUCAAAAUUUUGUAUUUGAUUUAAAUGCAAUUAGUUAUAAAAAAACAGAUAUUAAAUCAUUAAGAAUAGCAAAACUGUACCUGCUGCCACAAACUUGAAGAUCAAAGUACUUAAUUGUGAAAUGUGUUGGCCACCUGUACUGUGACACUUUCAACAUAAUAGAAACUAAAUGAAGCAUUGAACUCAUAUCAUGCUGUGGGUACUUAGAGGUACUUUUUAACGUAAAAAGUACAAAGUGACAUUUAUAUUAUCUUUUGGUAUCCUAUAAAUGCACCUGUGAAGAAAAACAUUGCACAGCAUUGAAUGUAAUGCCGUUGACUUCAACUGAAAUGUGAGGAGUGAAUGUUUAUGUAACUGGAUUCCAAAUAUGAAUUUUCUGUUUGUUUGAAGAUGAACUUUAGGAUGUAAUAUAAAGGACAGCAUAACUGUUGUAAUAAGGUGUGUGUGUUUUUAAAUUUAAUAAGAAAUGGAAUCUUUUAGACUGCCCCUUUUAGAAGUUAAGGACAGGAUCCUGCUACAGUUUGUCAGGAAAAAAAUGAGUGACCAAAUACUACAAGAUAUCAUUUUUUAUUGCAGACCAUAUACGUUCUUAACUGUUUUUGAACUGUGUAUCAUUUGCAUAAUAGUAAGCAGGAAAACAAUUCCAAGUCAUGAAUUCCAUUAUUUCAAAAGUGGAACCAAUUGUUCUAUAGUAAAAGAUUUUAGAUUAUUCAUGAGUGAUGUCCACCUAAAACAUUAUUAACUGUUCCAUAUAUAUAUAAUUUAUGCAAUUUACAUAUGUACUGAAUGGACAGAAAGUGUGUAAAGUGUAAGUUGAAUGAGAGGUUGCAUGACUGAAAUAUUUUUGUUUUUGAAUUGUUGUAAGUGCACAUAAUGUGUGAGAGCAAUUUUGUGUUGGUGUUGGAAUGAAAGAUAUAAUACACAGAAACUUGUACUGUCAUUUGUACUACAGCAUUUUUAAUGCUCUUAUUUACAAACAUGUGCAUCAAUUUUUACUAGAUUUUGGUCAGUAGAACUACUUGAUACAUUGCUCGGUCCAUGUUGGUUGGUUCAGUUCUAUGUGCAGUACAUUCUUGGUGCUGUCAUGCUGCUGUCUGCUGUCCAAUUCCAGGAUUUCCACACAUUUUAACCAGCUGAUAUUGUCACCAGAAAGUACCCAAAAAGUACAAGCCAAUAAAUUGAUAUGUUGUUUAAAACUGAUGAUUGAAAAAUAAGCUUUUCAGUUUUUUUCCUUUUUUAAGAUGGAAAUCAGGUGACAAUAAACGUACUGAUAGGGAACAGGGCAGAAAGAAGUAGUUAAAAGGAAAUACUGGCUAACACUAUGAUAUAGUCUCUUACAGUUACAAAAGAGAUUACUGUUUUAAUUUCUGAACUAUUGAGAUUUGCUUAGUUAGGCCUGCGUACUGUGUGUCAGUUCUUGUUGAGUUAUAACAAGUAUGUGUCCUUUUGUUUUCUAUUAUCAGUAUCUUGAAAAUUUUACAAAAUAGCCCUUUCUGUUGAUGUAUUUUUGAACCCUUGAGAAAUAUUUGAGCUGUGUCCAAGACAUAUUAAACCCAGAUAUUUUCCUUUGAUGAGGAUCGCCUCAUCAUUAACUGAUCCAGAUUUGAACCAUCAGUACCCUUCUACUAUUUUAUCAAACACUUGAGAUGCUCUUCUGCAUACAUUGACAGAAUGGUAUUCAUGGAAGGAAGGUCGUAGUAUAGAAGGAAUGGCAUUCGUGGAAGAAAGUACGU